AUGUCUCUCAAAAACCAAAAUGUUCUCAUAACGGGCGCCUCCAUGGGCAUCGGCGCCACCAUUGCCCAACGCCUUGCACGCGAAUCUGCAAACCUCAUCCUCUUCGCGCGUUCUGAAGACAAGCUCAAGAACGUUGCUCAGGAGUGCCGGGAAAUGAAUCCCGGCAUCCAAGUCCACGUCGCCAGCGUGGACGUCAGCAACCAUGAGUCUUUGGCAAAGGCCGUUUCGAACGCGGUCAACGAGCUGGGCCACAUCGAUGUUCUCGUCAACAACGCGGGCCUUGCGUUGGGCGCGCCAAAUGCCUUUCCUGACCUCAAGGUCGAGGAAAUCAACACCAUGGCUGGGACCAACAUCAGCGGUUUCAUGUUCGCGACGUAUGUAGCUCUCAAUGAGGGCAAGAUGAAGGAGCGCAACAAGGGCACAAUCUUGAACGUUACAAGUACGACAGCCCUUGAGGUCCCUCCUUUCCCCGGCGAAGCAGUUUACCACGCAAGCAAAGCGUUCCAGGAGGCUUUCAGCAACGUACUCCGAACCGAGUUGGUCGGGACUGAUAUCAAGGUUCUUUGUUUGCGGCCGGGUGUUGUGGCGACAAACUUCCACGAGCAGAGGGUGGGAUACGACAAGAGCCAGUACGAUUCGUUCAUGGAUGGUUUCGAGCCGCUUGUUGCGGAGGAUGUUGCUGAGGGCGCGGUGUUCAUGCUCACUCAGAAGGAGAGGAUUAGUGUGAAGGCAUUGGACAUAGUACCUACUGCACAGAGGAGUCUGCCAGUGUUCGAUAAGAAGUGGAACGAGCGGGGAGAGGAUAGGAGGAAGACGCAGAUGUGA